AAGCCCAUCAUAAAAGGCCCAACUUUGGGCUUACCAAAAACCCCUCUUUCUCUACUUUUCUCUCUCCUCUGUCUAUGAAAAAAAAAAAUGGGAGCUGAAGGAACUCCGGCCGACCAGAUUUCACCGGAGAUGGAGGAACAAAUUGAAGCUUUACUUGAGGCUGCUAGAUAUGAUGAUCUUGAUGACGUCAUAGGCUUAGAAUCUGCUGGAGUUUCUCUUGAUGCCAAGGACUCUCAAGGACGAACAGCUCUUCAUAUGGCAGCGGCCAAUGGACACCACGGCAUUGUCGAGUACCUUUUAAGUAAAGGCGUGGAUCUCAAUGCUUCAAAUGAAGAGAAGAACACACCUCUUCACUGGGCUUGUUUAAAUAGCCACAUCGAGGUGGUUAAAACUUUGAUAUUGGCUGGAGCAAACGUCUCAAUUCUUAACAACCAUGACCGAACACCGAUAGACGAAGCUUUGAGUAAGGGGAAGAUGGACGUGUUCGACGCGAUCAACGCAGCUGUUGCUCAAGUGGAGCUCACUCAAGCAAGAGUCUCAUGACAUAUACAUUGUCUCAUCAUCAUUCAAAGUUGUGAAAAAGAGCAAAACUGUCUUUUGUAAUGGACCACUAGUCUUAUUAGGGUUUUGCAGCACAAUUUAUUUUAGAGCAUUAUAUGUACACUACACUAGAAACCAUAUUUCUCACUCUUCUUUGAGCAUAAGUCACUUUCUAUGAUCCUUUCACUGAUGUUA